CGGAAAAGUGCAUGGACCAUCGGGAGGAGGCGGAGUAGGUCCGGAGCGCCAUGGCGACCAACAUAGAACAGAUCUUCCGUUCUUUCGUCGUGAAUAAAUUCAAGGAGAUUCAGGAGGAAAACCGUAACAGGGAAUGAAAAUCACCGGUGAUAAGAGCGAUCUGUCCAUAUCACAGGCAGGUACAGGGCCAGCAGCUCUACAGUGUGAGGACCCCAUCAAACAGCUCCUCAUAACCCAGCUUCCAGGACCUCUUGAAAACAUGGACAGCUCUCCUAAUGGUGAACUCGCCGCCCCAGGGACAGAAGAUGCUUCAGAAGUUGCUACCCAGAACGAAGGGAGCAGUCAGACGGUCGCUGCCCAGAACGAAGGGAGCAGUCAGACGGUCGCUGCCCAGAACGAAGGGAGCAGUCAGACGGUCGCUGCCCAGAACGAAGGGAGCAGUCAGACGGUCGCUGCCCAGAACGAAGGGAGCAGUCAGACGGUCGCUACCCAGAACGAAGAGAGACGUCAGACGGUCACUGAAGACACAGAAUCAAAGCUCAUGGAAGUUGAGGAGACAGAGAAUCCAGAAAAGGAAAGUGAAUCGAAAGACUUGAAAACUACAGACCUAAGCUCAGAUGAUGAUGGAAAAAAGGAUUCAUCAAAGAAGAAGUCAAAAAAGCACAAAAAACACAAAAGCAAAAAGAAAAAAAAGAAAAAGAAAAAAGAGAAAAACGAGAAGAGGUCAAAGUCGGCUUCAAGUGUUGAGGACCAAGAGAAUGUCCUUUCAGAAUCAAAGUCUGCUUGGAAACCAGUCAUUUCAUCUCCGAGCGAGCAAAACACAUUAAACACUUCGUUAUCCCAAAUGGAAGAGAAUGUAGAUCCCCUGCCUUCAAUGAGUGUUCAAGAUCAUAAUGUGGAUUCAGUGAAAGAACAUCCUGCAAGGCCUCAGUCCGAUAUUGAUUCAGGAUUCUUUGGUCCAAAGUGUCCAAAUGAAAUGCAUUUUUCAAAUAAUCUUACAAUCUGUGAAGUUGAAAUGACAGAACUGUCAAAAGAACCGCCCGUUGAUUGUCAGCAAAAUAUUGAAAACCUGAAAUGUAGUGAGGAAAAUAAUGAAAAACCACAUACAAACUGUGAAACUGCUGAGGCCCUCCAAAAUGAAAUAUUGUUGCCCCAGCCAGUCUUAACUCUUUCAGAAGAAAAAACUGUUGAAUUGGGGAGUAGAUUAGGUUCUGAAACAAAUGAAGAUCCCCUUAAACAAUCUGACAAUAUUUCAUCAAUACCAUUGCAGCCACAGUCAAAAUCGGCUGGUGAAAAUCUGUCAAAAGCAAGAGAAAAAUCUAAGUCAAAAUCAUUAGCAAGAGAAAAAUCGAGGUCCAAGUCCUUGACUAAGGUGCCAAAGAAACAAGCUAAUUUAAAAUCUAGGCAGAGAUCACGUUCUAGCUCCAUCGUACGAAGACGAAGGUCACGAUCCAGCUCAUUUGGUCAGAGACGGAGAUCAAAAUCCAAAUCUCCAGUUAGACGAAGACGAUCAAAGUCUAGCACUCCGGCACGGUAUUCUAAAUCACCAAUACGGAGUUGGUGGUCAAAGUCAAUAAAAAUCAGACAAAGGUCUGUGUCAAUUGAAAGAAGGCGACGGUCCCGGUCAAGAUCCUUAGCAAAGAAACGUCGGUCAAGAUCCAGAUCAUCUGAAAAGGGUCACUAUUCAAGGACAAGAUCCAGUGCAAAAAGAAUAUGGUCAAGAUCUCGAUCUGCAAAUAGAAGAAAGUCCAGAUCAACUAGCCGCAAACAUAGGCAUCGUUCAAGAUCAGCAAGUAGACGAAAAUCAAGAUCUGCCGUAAGGACUUCCCCAAAGUCUAGCUCACCUUCAAGGAAACGGAAAUCAAAGUCUGCAUCUCCUCGUAGGAGGCAAAAGUCAAAAACAUCCUCCCCUGUCAGACAUAGAUCAAGGUCUCGAUCAGCUGUCCAAAAAUAUAGGUCCAGAUCGGGUGCAGCUUCCAGAAGACACCGAUCCAGAACUGGUUCAGAUUCCAGAAGACGCAAGUCAAGAUCUGGCUCUGCUUUGAGAAGGCGCAGGUCAAGGUCUCCUUCAGUUUCCAGAAGGCAAAAGUCAAGGUCUCCAUCGGUCUCUCGAAGACUAAGGUUGAGGUCUCCCUCGGUGACCAGGAGGCGCAGGUCGAGGUCUCCCUCGGUGACCAGGAGGCGCAGGUCGAGGUCUCCCUCGGUGACCAGGAGGCGCAGGUCGAGGUCUCCCUCGGUGACCAGGAGGCGCAGGUCGAGGUCUCCCUCGGUGACCAGGCGGCGCAGGUCGAGGUCUCCCUCGGUGACCAGGCGGCGCAGGACGAGGUCUCCCUCGGUGACCAGGCGGCGCAGGACGAGGUCUCCCUCGGUGACCAGGCGGCGCAGGACGAGGUCUCCCUCGGUGACCAGGCGGCGCAGGACGAGGUCUCCCUCGGUGACCAGGCGGCGCAGGACGAGGUCUCCCUCGGUGACCAGGCGGCGCAGGACGAGGUCUCCCUCGGUGACCAGGCGGCGCAGGACGAGGUCUCCCUCGGUGACCAGGCGGCGCAGGACGAGGUCUCCCUCGGUGACCAGGCGGCGCAGGACGAGGUCUCCCUCGGUGACCAGGCGGCGCAGGACGAGGUCUCCCUCGGUGUCCAGGAGGCGCAGGACGAGGUCUCCCUCGGUGUCCAGGAGGCGCAGGUCAAGGUCAGCCUCCAAAACGCGCAAGUCAGGAACUGGUUCAGACACUAGGAGGCCUAGUUCAGGCAUACAGGGACAAAAGUCACAAUCUUCAGCAACAAGAAAGUCUAGGUCUACAUCAGUUGCAAGGGGAGAGCAAUCCACAUUGCUGUCAAGUGCCAGUAAAGUCCAGUCAAGAGAUGACAAGAUGUCAAGCUCUUCUUUGGAAAGGAGAUCAAGGUCGAAAGGAAAAAAUGAAAAAUCAAGGUCAAGAUCUAGGUCUAUCCCUUUGAACUCAAAAUCUGCGGAAAGUGAACCUGCAUUGCAAACCAAAUCUGUUGCUGAACAAAGAAUCCCUGGAACAAUGUCAUUAGAUGAAAAUCAACUUUCCAUUUCUACGUCAAUUGUUGAAUCAGUUGGUCCAAAUUUAUCUACAGUAGAAAAGCAUGUUGAAAUGAAAUUGCUCGAUAGUUCAACUUCACUGACUGAACCAAAAAACUGUGCAUCUCAAUCUAAAACCAGUUCACCCAUGCCAUGCAAUGAUAAUGGUAUAGAAAUUGAGUCUUCAGAGUCUAAAGCAGCAGAUAAUGUGCAUAGUUCAUCAACCAUGUCUGUGGAGGAUGAUCACAUGAAAUUUGCAUGUUUCAAAUCUCCAACUGACCAGACUAAUUCUACAGAAUGUGACAUGGAUAUUGAGGAGAUCUCUUUUACACCUAUAGAGACUGAUUGCAUGGAACAACCAGUGGAACUUCUAAAUGUGGUUAAGUUCCCUGAAGAAGCAUCCGAGGUAGAGAAUACAAAGGUAGCAGAUCUAAUUCUUGAUGAGCCUGAGCAAAAGACUUUAGGCAAUACUGCAGUAGAUGGGACUCGGAGUUCUUCUGCAGACUUUGGUCAGUUCCAUGGACUCUCACAGCUGGCAAGCUCUUGUACCAUGGAGUCCACAGAACGUAUUAAGUCUGACGUUUGUGAUGAGAGGUCCAUGGUUGCUCCCUUAGAAGUUCAAGAUCUAACCAAUUCCUCAUGUCUCAUUAAGCCUAACAUGGAAGAUAAACUAGAAUUUGCUCAAAAAGAUUCGGAUUCUAUAUGCAAAACCUAUUUAAAUGCAAUAGAAAAUUCACCUGCUAUAACCAAAUCUCCAGACUUAACAUUACCAAUUACGGAUCCUUUGUCAACAUGUAUGAAAAAUGCAGAAAAUCAAUUGGAAUCUUUGCAGAGCUCUUCAACAACUGACCAUACUGAAGGAAAAGCAUAUGUUUCUCCAAUAAUCUCAAAUAAUGAAAUCUUAUAUAAUAAGCAAGAAAAUAUUGUAAUCAAUAGUUUAGUUUCAAAUGAAAGCCACAAAUUCUCAGGACAUAGUAGUCCAAGCACUAUGUCCCCUGGUUGGAAGCACACUGAGGAAGAGAUGUCUACAAAUUUGUUAAAUGAUAAUUUUUCCCACCAGAGAAGCACUCCUAAUUUCAAGUCACCAACCAUCAAUUAUGAUAUUUCAAAUAUGAGUCAUGAAUCUAAAGAGGAAAUUCUUGAAUCUAGUCAGUCUGAAGCACAUUUGCAAAGAAUGGAGUUAAAAAUUGUUCAAGAUACUCUUAGUGCUGAGCACAGUAUUUCCAGCCCUGCAAAACAGAGUUCAAGUCAUGACAUUCGUAUAUACAGUGAAACAGAAAAAAGUGACCCCAGCUUUGUUGCUCAAAGUGAUUUACUAGACAAUUCUACAUAUAAGGAACUUGUGUCAAAUGAUUAUAAUUUCAAGGAAACGGGUGAAUCUGAAGUAUCACACCCUUUUGAGAGCAAGACUAAAGAAGUAAAGCUAAUGAAAGAAAAUAAGCAGAGUUUAUCUAGCAUGCACAUCCAUGAAGAUCUUACUAGUACUUGUCAAGCUGUGGAAUCUAAUAUCUUACCAGGAUCCUCGCCUUACAUGAUUACACCUUUGACCACCUCUCCUUCUGAGGUAGAGAAGCUAAAUGUUCUCAAUAAAAGUGAAUAUUCUAGCAUGGAAGAAAAGCCUGCCUCUGAAAGUACCCCACAGAAUAUUCCAGUUCCAUUACAUGUGGAUGACACUGAGUACUCAAGAUCCAAAGAACUAACUACUUCAGAUGGUUCAAAUAUUACAAACUUGACUUCUCAAGCACAUCCUAGCAAAUUGCUAUGUUCAUCCACUAAGAUCAGUGAAGUAUCGCCUGAAGAGAAUACUGAUUGCACGUCUGUUAUUUCAUGCAAUGAGAAGUCUUUAACUGACUCAGCAGAAGAUAAAAUGGAAAUCCAAAGACCUGGUAAAGUGCUUUCAAACACUAUUAAUGCAGAAUCCUACUCUGAUGAAUGUAAAAGAGUUCCAAAACCUUCCCCUUUUAACAAUUGGAAUGAAAGCUGCACAAAACAAGAUGUGGACACGUUUUUGCAUGGUGAUGGUGCCCGGUUGGAGAGUUCUUCAAAUAGUAUGCCAAGCAGUGUCCCUGAAGACAUCUGUCAUUUUGAAGAAAACACUUGUGCAACAGAACAGAAUUCUUUAACUGCUCCCUUUAGUGAAAAACAGUGCUUCAGUGCAUCUCAAAGUUCUGAUGGGAGCCUUGAAAAAGUUGACCAGAAGAAUCAAGAUUUUUUUUUAGCUCAAAACAUUGAACACACUGUUGCAAAUACAGAGACUGAUAAAAAACAUUGUUCUGCGAAUAGUAUUCCACAGAGAGACUCUGUUAGUAAGCACAAUCAGUCUGUUUCAAAAGAUUUGGCUAUAAGUGAUGACUGCAACAGCCAAGGAAAUAGAGUUAAAUCUUGUACUCCAGAAAGUGGUCCGAGUUUUCGUAUACAACAAAAAGUCAUAUCCAAAAUUGAAGAAAGGAUGAAUUUUGAGGAAGAAGGUUCAAUUAAGUCAUUAACUAAGGAGCCUGAAUUGCAAACACCAGAGCAGAGAGCAAAUGCUGAACCUACUUGUGGUGAUUUAAGACCAAGUAUGUCUACAGAAGAUACAAAAUUGUCACCUAAGCCCUUAUUGCAUGAGACAGGGAGGCUUUCUGUUUCUUCUAUGCCAGUUCAGUUCAAAUUUAGCAAAACCUUUAAGACUCUUGGUGUAUCUCAGCUUUGUAGCACAUCUGAAGAUUCAUCUGAUGUAGAAUCUUCUAAAGUUAACACCUCUUCCUCUGUUAUGCGUAACACUACAUUGUCAGCAUCAGAUACGUCAAGGUCUCGUAUGAAGACUUCAGAAUUACCAACUACUCCACAAACGUCUGAUAUUGGUGUAGAGCCUUCCAAGUCCUGCGCUUCUGUUACAGAAUCCUCUCAAUCAGACAAUCAGUCCAGUCAGCUUUCUGAGAAAGAUGGCUUGCAGCCUGAAAGCCUCCAGGCAGCAGAUGACUCUCAGACUGGUUCAAGUGCCAAGCACACAUUUCCCCAUAUUUCUAAUGCUGCAUCUAAAUUGGGAGUGAAGCAGCGGCAGUACAGGUCAAGAUCUGUAGCUCAAGACAGUCGAACACCUUCUGUAGACAGAGGGCAUGGCUCUCGUUCACGUUCUGGUUCUCAAAGGCGACGCUCACAUUCUAAAUCUUCAUCACGGAAAAAGAGGUCCCAGUCAACAGCCAGAAAGAAAAGCUCACAUUCGAAGUCUGACAGAAAAAAGCGUUCCCGAUCAAGAGAACGUAAGAGACGCUCACAAUCCAAGGGCAAGAAAAAACGAUCUACUUCGAAGUUGUCAGGAAAAAGAAAGCACUCCAGAUCAAAAUCAUCAGAGAAGAUUGGGAGUUCUAAAUCUUCAGGAAAGCAGAGGAAAUCGCGUUCUACAUCAAAAACCCGAAAAAAGUCUAAGACUCCAGAAAAGAAAGAGAGGUCACGUAGUAAAUCACAACCAAGAAAAAAUUUACAUUCUAAAACAUCAAGUUCUAGAAAGCGAUCACGGUCCAAAUCUUCAAACCGGAGGAGAAAAUCACGCUCUAAAUCAUUAUCCUCAAGAAGUCGCUCACGAUCAGUAUCUGCAUCUUGGAAACGCUUUUCCCGCUCAAAGCCUUCAUUACAUAGGAAACUUUCCCAUUCCAGUUCAAGAUCUAUUUCUCCACUAAGACGUUCCCGUUCAAUAAAUAAGAGGCGUUCUUUCUCAAGAUCUCCAGCUGCACGAAGUCCUUCAAGAUCGCGGUCAAGAUGGCAUCGUUCAAGAUCUCGUGGAAGAUGGCGUCGUUCACGUUCUCUUUCAACCUCCAGACGUCGCUCUAGAUCAACAUCUAGACCUUCUCUAUCAACUAAGAAAAGAAAAUCCUUGUCACCUAGUCGUAGGCGAAGGUCACGAUCACAAAACAAACAGAAAGAUAAGUCUCCUCUAAGUAAACGCAAGUCAGCCUCCCCACAACCGCUACUGCUACCACCAACACAGAAAAAAAUUGCCCAGUCAAAACCAGCAGGUUUUAAGCACAGCAUCGGAUUAAAGUCUCUUAUUCAGAAACAGUUAUCCCAAGCCAAAUCACAAGGAUCAGCUGGAAAGUUGUCUAAGGAACAAGUACCUUUACCUACUGCAACAAAUAGAUCACAGUUUUCAAUAUUUUCUGCAAGAACACAGGCUUCUAUGUCUAACAUGAGCACUAUUGGACAGAUCCCGGUUCCUAAUCUGGCUGAUGUACCUCUACCUAAUAUGUCUGCAGCAAGUCAAAUUCCUAUGCCAAGCGUACCUCCUGCAGAACCGCUUUCUAUGUCUAGCUUAGCUGCUGAAACACAGUUGUCUGUUCCUGACUUAACCACUGCAAACCAAUGGCAUGUACCAGAUAUGUCUGGAGCACAAUGGUCUGUACCUGACAUUGCUGCAGGAACCCAGUGGUCUAUGACAGACCUAGGAACUGCUACUCAGUGGCCUAUGUCUGAUCUAACAGCUGGCUCACAUUGGCCUAUGCAUGAUUUGACUGUUGGAGCACAGUGGUCUAUGCCUGAUCUUGCUGCUGGUACACAAUGGGCUGUACCAGAUGUAGCCACUGGAGCACAAUGGGCAGUGCCUGACUUGGCUGCUGGAACACAAUGGGCUGUGCCUGAUCUUACUGCAGGAUCUCAGUGGGCCAUGGCUAAUAUGACUGCUGGAGCACAGUGGGCAGUACCAGACUUGGCAGCAACAGCACAGUGGGCUGUGCCUGAUCUCACUGCUGGAGCACACAUACAAAGGGCUGACUUGGCACCAGAAGCGCAAGUCCCAGGCUCAGACCUUGCACUUGAAGCUCAGGUUCCAGGUUCUGACCUAGCCACUGAAGCCCAAGUCCCUGGAUCAGAUUUAGCUGCUGAAGCACAAGUGCCUGGGUUUGACAUGGUAGCUGAAGCUCAGCUACCUCCUGAACAUGACUUAACUUCUGAAGAGCAUAACAUGAUGCCUGACGUAGCUGCUGAAGCAUUGGUGCCAGUUGCAAGUUCAACAUUUGUCCCUGAUGUUGCCGCAGGAAUUCCAUUACCUGAUGUUGCGGCACAGUUGCCAGUACCUGAUGUUGCUGCUACAAUACACAUGCCAGAUGUGGCAACAGAAGCACAAAAUCAGAUGUCUGAUUUUGUUGCUACACAAGCCUAUAUGUCUUUGGCACCUAAAGAGUCAGUUGAGGAUUCACAUUAUGGAGAGCCUGAUGUAUCUUCUAAACAUCAAGAAGAAUCUGAUUCUUGUGCUUUUGUACAGGAGUCAUCACUGGAGCCUAAUGUUAAUGUUUUGCAAAAUUUUAAAAUGGAGGAAACGUUAUCCUCUGUGCAGCAAUUGCCAGUAGUUUGUACAGAAAACACUCUGUCAACUGAGUUGAGUGAAAAAAACAUCUCCCUAGACAAAGGUGACCUACAGAUACAUCAAGACGCAGAAACACAUGUGUUAAUUAACCCUCCACAAGUAGAAUCUGCCAUGGAACCUCAUCUUAACAGUGUAACAUGUAGGUCAUCUGAUGCCUCUUUUGCUUCCUCUGAGAGCUCUGAUUACUCUGUCCCUUCUGAAUCUGUGGAGUCAAAUCAUACACAAGAAGAGUUGAUUGAUUGCCAUAAAAAUUCGGACACUUCCUUACAGUUUGAACCCCAUGCUAACUCUAACUUUUCUGUUGAAUCGCAAUCCAGUCCCAUACAAACGGCAUGUGUUGAACCCAACGAAGUCCGUGAUCAGCCUCUAAUUGCUGUAACAAACUCAAUGACUGACGACAGCCUAAAGGCUGAAUCAUAUAAUAGUUCUGAUCAUAUGGUGAUAAUGGAAGUGUGUUCAAAAUCUGUCUCUACCAAAUGGGUUUCACCUUACGCCAGCCAUGAUGACAUAUUACAAAAUGAAACCUCUGUUAAUUCUAACACCACACAGGAAAUUGACACUCACAGUAUUUCUGACGUCUGUGAAAGUGAAACUUGUACUCCUGACCAUUCUCAGCAAGUGGUACUGAAUCCUAGCCUUGGCCUCCCCUAUCAGACUGAACGCUGUGUUAGUCCAGAAAAACCACGGCUUGUUGAACCAUAUACAAGCCCAGACCAUCCUCAAUUGGUGGAGCCCUAUACAAGUCCAGUACAUCCCCAGUUGGUUGAACCCUACCCCAUCCCACAGCACCGCCCAUUAGUGGAACUCUAUUCCAGUCCAGAGCAUCCUCAUCUUGUGGAACCAUAUGCAAGCCCAGACCUUCCACAGCUAGUUGAACCAUAUGCUAGCCCAGAUCGGCAACAGCUGUUUGAACCCGAAACGGAGCAGAGCCAAACUUCUCGACCAAUAAGUCCUGCCCUUGUGCAAAACACCUGUAGCCUUGCUGAAAAACCUGAAGAACAUUCUGACUCAGUCCAUAUUCUGACGCAUGCAGCUGUGACAUGCACUCAAGUAAAUUCAGACUCCCCAUGCUCUGAUAGUUCAGAUGUCAAAAGUGAUUUUUCCCAAGUGCAUGAAUACUCUGUGACCUCAGAUCUAGCCAAAAAACAAGAUGAAAUAGUUGAUUAUUCUCAUUUCAGUGAAGCAACUUCUGCAAGUGUAUCUGUGCAAGAGGUUCCUUGCCCAAAUCUUCUAAAAACUUCAUCCGAAAGCAGCUUUAUUCCCAAGGAAUUAGCUGCAGAAGAAUGUUCCUGGACAGAAGGUCAGCUUGUAGAAAUGCCUUCAGGAUCUCCAUUGGAGCCCUCUUCAAGCCCUUCCCAGCUUUGCAGUCCUCACCCAGUUCAUCAUGAUGAAUCAUGUAUCAUCACUAACAACAAGCCUUCUGAUUCAUGUAGUUCUGAUGAGCCAAAGUUCAAUUCAUCUUGUGUUACCACCAAUCACCAGCUUCCGGGCGAACAGUGUUUAACAGAUGAGCAUGGCCAGUCAAAAGAACUUUAUUCUGUUGAGGAAGAUUCCCAACCACAUAAAGACUUCAUCAGUUCAGAACAAGUGCAAGACAAAACAUAUAAUAUACCAGUUCAGCCUCAAGAAAAUGUUCUAAGUCCAUCUGUACCACACACAAAUGAGCAAUGCCUUAAUGCUACUCGUGUACCAUUUACAGAAUAUGAACACCCUUCUGCUGACUCAAUUAGCCACCCAGACAAAAACUUGUGUGUUACUGUUGUAUCAAAUACCAUCAUAAAUUUGCAAGAUGAAGAUCCCAUCAUGCCUUUACCAGACAUACCUGAACAAGAAACGAUCCCUCAACAUUCGCACUCAGAAGAAAGUAAAGCUGCUUUUGGUUGCGAUCUUUCUGACAAAUUGGUUACAACUCAAGUUGAUGAGCUCUUAGAAAAACCUCACAGUUCAGACCCAGUUGUGCUGCAUGACUCUCAAGAUAGCGGUUCUGCAUCCCCUUCACAACAACUAUCUGAUUGUCCUAACCGUUUUCUGCCAGAGCAUUCGACAGAUGCUGACCAAAGCACACAACCAGAAGAUUUUACCAAAAUCAAGCAAAGGUUUGACCAAACUAUUACAACUGGUGACUCUAACACUGAUGCUUUCCAAUCACAAGAAUUUGACGGGUCUGUUGAAAAACCAUUUUCUACUGAAAAUACUUCGUUUCCAACAGAUUUGCCAUGCUUAAACCAAGAUGAACUACAGUGUAUGACUUCAAACCAAACUUCGGACUUGUCUGAAUGUAUGGAGCAUAAACCUGAGAACUCUGGUGAAUGUAUUAAAACUGAUAACCAUUUUACAUCUACUCCACCAGACCUUUUGCCUUAUGAUUCUGAUCAGCCACCGGAUGUGUGUUCUGAACCUUCAUCUGAGCCAGUUUCAUUCAACUCACAGCCACCUCCUGAACUUCUGCCUUAUGAUUCUGAGCAACCUGCAAACUCUUUUCUUAGUACUUCAGAUUAUUCUACUGAACAAGGUUCUUUAGACUUUCAUGCACCGCCUGAGUUAUUGCCCUAUGAUUCUGAUCAACCCGCUGUCUUGCAGAACCAACCAACAGAACCUACUGGAAAAGAACUACCCGAGUAUGAGUCAACUGUUAGCCAUCAUGAAACAAACAAAGUUCUAGAUCUGCAUUCAGUCGACUCUGGGGAAAACUGUGGUAACAGUGAAAGCCUGAAUAUGCAUGAGAUCCCACAGAAAUGUGAGCCUUCCAAUCAAACGUUUAACGAUGAGUUGAAUUUUGUAAAGGAAGUAUCUUCUGAAUGUUCUAUAAAAGAGGUUCCUUCAACAGAGCAAGAGUUUAUUUCAGAUACUUUGCAAGAACCUUCAGUUCCAUCUGCAGUUGUUGAUUGCACACAAGAGGAUCAUAGUUCUUCCCAGUCUUCAACUGAUGAGCACCUUCAUACUGCUCAGCCAUUAGCAGAAAAUGAGCAACCUGUUUUACAGCCAGUUUUAGAUUCCGAGAUCCCAGCAGAUAUAGUUUCUAGGGAUGAAAAUGAUACAGAACAAACCUCUCCUUUAACAAAUAUUCCUGACACCAAUGCUGAACAGUUCUCUUCAUCUUAUGAGUUGGAGAAUACCUCGGAAUCUGAAACGUUAAGGGUUUUGCCUUUGAUGCAAGAUGAAGUUUUUCUGGAAACCACAGGGAAAAGUUCACCACUAAUGUCCUUGACAAAUGCUGAGUGUCAACAACCCAAGUCUGUAUGUACAAAGACAGAUCACAUUUCAGAAGUGAAAAGCAGACCUGAACAUUCGCGUUCACGAUCCAUAGACAGAAAGCAAUCUACAUCUAAAUCGGCGUCACAAAAUAAGCGUUCUCGCUCUAAAUCGGUGACACAGACAGAGAAGUCACAUUCUAAAUCUUUGGCAAGAUCAAGGAGAACCAAGUCACGCUCCGCUUCUACUGAAAGCAACAGACAAUCUCCUGUAGUAAAAAGGAAAAAAUCUGCAUCUGUGGUGCAUAAAAGAUCCUCAAGGUCAGCAUCCCGGGGACGUAGACUGCGUUCUCGCUCCUCCUCACUGUCUCCUAGAAAGCGCUCUCGGUCAUCUUCUUGGAGGCGCUUGCAUUCUCAGUCCCGCCAAAGGCAUUCUCGCUCACCCGAAGUUCAUAAGAGGUCUCGGUCACCUUCAGUAACCAGCAAGAAAAGAUCACAUUCAUUGUCCCGCAAGAGGCGUUCACCUUCAGCUUCUGCAACUCGUAAGAAAAGCUCCCCUUCACCUGCAACUCGCAGGAGACGCACACCUUCACCACCAGCCACUCGCAGGAGACGCUCACCCUCUGUCACUCGCAGGAGGCGGUCCCGCUCACCCUCCGUCACUCGCAGGAGGCGGUCCCGCUCACCCUCUGUCACUCGCAGGAGGAGGUCCCGCUCACCCUCUGCAUCUCGCAGGAGACGCUCUCCUUCACCUUUUGCAGCACGCAGGAGACGCUCUCCUUCACCUGCUGCAUCACGCAGGAGACGCUCUCCUUCACCUGCUGCAUCACGCAGGAGACGCUCUCCUUCACCUGCUGCAUCACGCAGGAGACGCUCUCCUUCACCUGAGUUUCGAAGAAAGAAAUCCCCAUCUCUAACGAGAAAAAGACGCUCCCGUUCCACAUCUGCCUCCCGCAGAAGACGUUCACGGUCUGCUUCUCAAAGAAAGCGCUCCUGUUCUCCUGCUGCUGCCAGAAAAAGAAGGUCCAAAUCUAAAUCUCCAUCAAAAUCGCCAACAGGCAAACAAUUGAAGUCUGAUCGAUCUCGGAGUCCCUCACAGAGUGAGGUGUCACGUAAGAGGAAAUCACGAUCUUCAUCAAGAGACAAGAAAACUGAUGAAAAGAGAAGAAAAAGGUCUAGCUCUAAAGAUUCUUCUAAAGACUACUACAGCAUCAAACAAAGGCGGAAAAGUCGAACACCUCCAAGACGGAAAAAGUCAAGAUCUCCUAGCCGGAGAGGAAGCGUGUGCAAAUCUCCAGUGAGGAGGAGACGUUCAAGAUCACCUGUAAGAAGGAAGAGUUUCAGCAGGUCUCCCAUACGGCGAAAGCGAUCGAGAUCUAGGGAUAAGUCUUUGGACUCUGUCAGAUCACCAAAACGUCUCACAGAUCUUGACAAGGCCCAGCUUCUGGAGAUUGCCAAAGCCAACGCUGCAGCCAUGUGUGUUAAGGCAGGUGUUCCUUUACCAGCAAGCUUGAAGCCUGCUACACCUGCUGCACCAAUGGAUGACAAGAAUCCCCAUCGGACGUAUGGUGUGACCAUACAGGAACUUACUGAGAAAUGCAAACAAAUUGCUCAGAGUAAAGAAGAUGAUGUGAUUGUAAAUAAACCUCACGAUUCUGAUGACGAGGAAGAAGACCGACCUUUUUAUAAUCAUCCGUUUAAAGUCAGUGAACACAAACCAAUUUCCUUUAGUUUACUGAAUCCUAGCCUGAAACCAGCUCCCAAAACCCAGGUAACUUUGACUAAGGAGUUCCCGGUGUCUUCUGGUUCUCAGCACCGGAAGAAGGAGUCUGAUAAGGUAUAUGGAGAAUGGGUCCCAGUUGCUAAAAAUACAGAAGAAAGCAAAGAUGAUGUCUUCACAAACACAGGUCCUUCACAGUUCUAGAAUUGUUUGAGGAAGGUGGAUUAUAACCACACUUAUAUACCUGUUGCCAAACCAACGUACUGAUGGGCUGAGACCCUCCCUUCUUUAAUGGCCUCACAUGGACCUAAUGCUUCCAGAUCCUGAGUUCUGAUUGGUUGCAAACUGGUCAUUAAAGAACACUAAAGGACUGAUUCCUAACAGCGACAGGAAAACGCAAAGACCACCAGCCCCCAGAUGUGCAGUAACUAUGUAAAGUUCAUCAACUAUGGACAUAUAUAUUUCUUCCCUCUCUGUGCAAAGUUGUGUACACUCUCGGCAUUUGUCCACGUAUUGUCAUGGUAUGAAGCAUCCGCAACCAUGAAGCAAAGUCCAUAAACAGUUAAUCACUUUCAGUAGAGGUGUAAUAAUUCACACUCCCCCUGCCCUCUCCUUUUUUUUGUAAAUUAAAAGUUUAAUAAAACAAACAAAAAAAAAAGUUGCAGCUUAACCUACAUUUGGUAAAGCUAUCGCACCUUGUGUUUUUUCACAUACCGUAUGUAGCUGUAGUUGGAGGACUAGGCUAUAAUAUAGGUGCUGGGAAGAAGCAAGGUCUUACUUUGCAUGGAUCUACUUUCAGUGGUGUUUUAAGAAAUUUAUUUUCAGAGUUGACGAUUUUUCAGCUAGUCCACUUUUACAUAAUAUAAUCUGCAUUCUAAUUUUUUAUUAAAUUAUUUGCCAGGAUGGACCUUCUAACUGGCUGAACAGAAGAAUAGUAUAAUUGUAAUAUGGCCACCCAUUGACAACUACGGCGCAAAUAGAUUGGUCGUCUUCUCUUGGCGCAGUAGUCAAGGAUGGUAACCCGCAGGCUUCCUGAACUAUGGUUUGUCCUUUUUAUACGCAGCCUGCCUAAGCUAAUAUAUAGACUGCAUAGAUUUAAUGCAAACUCUGCCAAUUAAUAUUGAUGACAGUCUAGUUACUGGUCAGUUGACUGCAGUGUUGUAGAUCCUUCCUGGCACGGUAGAUUGGUACACAGCGGCAGUGCCUUGGCGUUGUAGUAGAAUGCAGACGAGUAGGCUGUAAUGCAAUCAGUAAAAAAUAUAUGAAAAAUUUUGCCAGGCUUGAGGACUGUACCUACUGUCUUUAAUGUUUCAGAUUGUUUUGGCUUUUACUGUAGGAAUAAGCCACCAAUUUGUCCUUAACUGGUCCCGCCCCUGCUGAAGUGCUUCUUUUUUGGUCAAGACCCUGGGGAUUUUUUAAUAAUUUUUUUUAUGAUUUGGCUUAAGGAAUGCCUCUUCUGCUUGCGUUGCUUUUGAAUUUCAGCAUCUAUUAAAGCGUGAUUUUUCAAGGGUGUAAAGAUCGAAGCUAAUCAUAGUAAGCCUUUUUGUCCAGCAGACCUUACGUUAUUUAACGUUUCCCAACUUGGUACAUUUUGUAGUUACGGUUCUCUUGCUCUCCUUGCUAAAUUAGCUUUUACAGGCAAACCUUUCAAAACAACACAUCUUACUUCGGCUUUCCCACCCCCCCUUUUCCUGGUCUGUAACCAUCACCUAAAGCUACAUAAGACUUUUUGGGUUUUCACAGCCUUGCUCCUCAUCUGGCAAGACCUGUGAGGAUCUAGUGUGGCGCGUCAAGUAACGAACGUGCUAGUGAGUAACCUUACGGCCCUUUUUAGUGUUGCGUGUUUCAAAAUAAAAAUGAUCCCUUUUUUUUUUGUUUUUGCUUUAAAUUGUUAAAGUUUUCCAGAGAGCUCACACGAUUUCAGUUUGUAAAUUUACCGGCGGCACCUCUAGGCGCAAAAUACGCAAAAGCUGUAUGGUUUUUAGAACCCACUCGACAUGUAAUCCCUCCACUGCCAGAGACAUGCGGUGCCUUGCACUAUGGACGCUUCUGGUAGCAGAGCAGUCGAAACUGCUUGUAAAUAUGUUUCUAUUGUAAAUGGACUCACUAUAAAGUCAGAUAGCGCUGUAUAUACCUAUUUGUUAUGUUUAAAACGUAUGAAAAUAGUUGAAUAACGGGCAGAGUAGUCUUGUGCUUUACGUUUUACGCCAGAAAUUUUUCUUUUUUUCUUUUCCGGAUAUGUUUCUGAUAAUUCUCUUCGUUUGUGAAGAUUUGUGUGAAUUCAUUGUUGAUUUUAUUUUUCCCCCCUUUUUUUUUUGUCUUGUUUGCAACCUUUUGUAAAAGCACGAAUUGAUCUGACAUGUUUUUGUAAUGUCAUACUCCACUGGUUUUCAGCCUUUCUUUGGUUUUUCGUAACCUUGGAAAGAAGCUGAUACAACUACCUUUCGCAGCUUAUGUUGACUUUGCCCAAAGUCCCUUUUUUUUUUUGACUGAUAGAACAUGCCAUCUUCACUUUUAGUCGUUUUAGCCAGAUUAUUGGGGAGAAUUGCUUUGUAUGGGUUUUUAAGUGUUCAAAAUUGUGUUGGCAGAGAAUUUAAUGGGCAUUUAUGAAAACUGGGCUUCGGGGGGAAAAAGACAUUAUGAACUACGUCACCAGUCUAAUCCCUGAUGUCUAUUUUUUUUGGGGGGGAGAUAUCAAAGCACCUUGGUCCUUCAGGUGUUCUCCUGAUUGGUUAAACCACUUUUCAUAAGUGUCCGUAUAUGUGGUGUUUUUUUUUUAUAUGGAGAAUAAGUCAACGUAAGGCAACAUCAGAAAACGGUCAGAUGAACCUUCUGAUUCACAUCAGAUACCAAAUAACACCUUCUUGUAAAUGUUUAAUUUCUUUUUCCUGGAAAUGUAAUUUUGAAAACGAAUAAACAGAUGGUCCAAAA